AUGCUUCGAUCUACACGUCCUAAGUCCAAACGUGAACGGGCGCGGGAGAGAAACCAUAACUCAGACUUUACUGUCAUUAGCAACAGCUCUAUAUCAACACCAGAACCGCUGUCAGCAUCUUCUAACAUUGAAGUCUUGCAUCGUCAUGAAACUGUCAACGCUUCCUCUGAUCAUCGCGCUUCUGCAACAUUCAAAAAUAGAUAUUUUGGAAUAUUCCAGUCACUUACUGAUGAGGCAACUUGGCGCCGUUUGGGUACUCGGUCCCGAUUAACUGAACCCCUCAUUGACGUUGAUAUUCUUGAUUACCAUGACUUUGAUCUGGCUGACUUGGGAUUUGAGCCAUUGGACCCACUUUGGAGUGACAAUAUUGACGAGGACUCCCCUGAUGAUGGCGAUAAUCCAUUGAAGAACUGGGUUGAACAAGACAGAGAUCGUGACCUACAAGAAAUCCUUCGCCUUGAUGGACGAGGCGACUAUUCAAAUCACUCGAGCUGUUAUCAAUGCAAAAUUAAUGAUGCCUUGUAUCAGUGUCUUGACUGUGAUCGGAUUGAGAUGUUUUGUAAUGCUUGCAUUGUGGGAAAUCAUUUAGCCAAUCCUCUUCAUCGUAUCAAGAAGUGGAAUCAGCAAUAUUUUGAACCGACAACACUGAAGUCUUUAGGACUUCGAGUCCAAUUGGGUCACAUGAUAGGUCAAAAAUGUGUCAAUCCACGUGCUUCUCCAGGGAAUGGUUUCACGGUUGUUGACUCGAAUGGCAUUCAUGAUAUUUCUCUUGACUUCUGUGACUGCGAGACAGCUCAAUCUCAUGCCAUCCAGAUUCUCCGAAAACGAUGGUUUCCAUCUACCGGCACAUAUCCGAAAACCGCAGCGACAAUGCGAGUUUUGAAGCAAUUCCAUUUACUUGCUUUUGAAUCUAAACUUUCGUCAUACGAGUUCUACAAUAGCCUUGUACGAAACACUGAUAAUACAGGACUAGGAACUGAUAAGGAUUGCUACGAUGAAUUUACCCGAAUGUAUCGGAAAUGGACCAACUUGACAAUGGCCAAACGUGCUGGUCGAGGCCAUGACAGCCGUGGCGUCAAUGCAACGCAGCCUGGCGAAUGUGCCCUUCUUUGUCCUGCUUGCCCUCAGCCUGGAAAAAAUCUUCCUUUGGGAUGGGAAAAUGAGCCGCCAGAAAAGAGUUGGAUCUAUGGACUAUUCCUUGCUAUUGACGCCAACUUCCGCCUUACUCGCCGUCAUGUUUCAUCAGAAGAUCGGGAUCCAGGCCUUGGGAAUGGCUGGGCAUUCUUUGUUCAGAAUAUACCAUACCAGGAACACCUAAAAAGGUUUUGGGACUAUAAGCAGCCGAAAAGCACGUGUGUAAAUCAUGAAGCUUGCAACAAUUCCGAAAAAGAGGUUCAAGGAAAAUCAGUAACUGGAGGGGGUACCGUUGAUUGUGCGCGUCAUAAUUUCAAGCGACCCUGUGGAUUUGGUGAUCUUCAAAAAGGUGAAAGUAUCAUGCGAACAGCUGUCAAGCGCAUUUUUGUUUCUUAUGACAUUGCAUGCCAGUGGUACAAAAAUAUCUGGCAACGAAUGGGGACCAUGCUUCCGGCACCAAUGCACAUCUCGUCAUCUGUUGACAAUAUUCAGUUUCUUGUUCCCAAAUUCCAUAUUGCGGCACACAUUCAGGAAUGUAUUCUCAAGUUUUCCUUCAAUACAACCAAAUAUGUCGGCCGGACGGAUGGAGAAGCCCCAGAACGUGGAUGGUCGGCUACGAAUGCCCUCGCAACAAGCACGCGAGAAAUGGGACCGGGCUUUCGACGCGAUACUCUGGAUGACCACUUUAAUGACUGGAAUUGGAAAAAGAUUACGGGCCUUGGAGCGUCUCUUCUCAAAAAGAUCAAGAAGGCUGUUCCUCAAGCAGCGGAACAUAUGUCCCAGCGUCGGCAGUUUGAAAGUGUGCUACCAACAGACGAUAUCAAAAAGUGGACGCAGGAAGUUGAGCUAUGGGAAUUGUCAAAGUCAUCGCCAAAUCCAUAUCAAGCCCUAGUAAAAAGUAUGACCGAAGCAGAAGUUCGCCUUCUUUUGGCACAAAAGGCUGCCGCUACCCAGGACGAGGAUGUUGUCCAUUCAAAUGUGCACCCGAGCAUACUAAUAUCUCAAGGACUACAGUUGGAGGAACAGCAACGAAAACUUGCUAGAGAAGUCAAUGCACUCGGUCAGCACGCAACACCAAGUCAAAUACGGGUCAUUCAGGAAUCCUCCAAUAAGCUUCGGCGAAGAAUAACAGCAUGGACCGAGGUACAAUCUCUCUACAUGCCACAUGCUGCGGUACUCAGGCAAAAAGAUGCUUCGGCAAUGCUUCUACCUGGCGGUUCUCCCUCAGUCAAGACAGAAAACCUCCCAUUAUACCUUCCAUCUUCAUUCGGAAGCAACAUGCCAUGCGAUCCGUCCCUCCGAAUCUUUGAAUGGCAGCUUCGACAAGGACAAGCCUUUGAUGCCCUCCACGAAAUCCGACAAAAUCUUCGAGUUGCCAGCCACUAUAUCAAACAUAAGAAACGCUUUUCUCGUGGAGUCGCUCAGAAUACUCGUUCAAAUACAACCAUCAAAACAUUUCAGGAGAAGGCAGAUCACGCCGGUGAGAAGUAUCGUGUUGCAAGAGCUGCUAUGGUGCAUCUCAGUGCACAUGUUGGCGAUCUUGCACAUCCUGGGUGGCAGAGCGAGUUGAAGCCGCUUAGAGAAGAAGACAUGCGGAAUAUUUCUGAGGGUCAGAAAGGCGAGACGGAUGGAAGAAGAACGAUAUCUUGGAUAUGGCUAACAGAGGGCGUGUCUGCUAUUGAAGAAAAAGACAAACGUAUGCACGAAGCCCUUCGUAUUGAGUGGUGUCACAACCGUGCUCGUGCGAUGCGAUGGAGUGAAGAAAUUGUGCUUCUUCAAGAAGAAAUGAGACGGACAUUGGCCUUUUUUGAAUGGCAGGCUAACUGGUGGACUAACUGUGGAGGCUCGCUAGAGCAUGUUCAAGACAAAGUCACGAAAGAAGGGUUAGUUGCUUAUCGCCAACGUCAGGCAGCUUUGCGGCUUACAUUACGUGACCGAUUUGCUGAGAACUGGAAAGAUGUCAGUUCAUGGGUGGCUUGGGGUGAGGCCAAAAGUCAGUUGGAAGAACUGGAUGAUCUUGACAACGAGAUAGCAGUAGUAGAUAGUAUAGAUAAUACGAAUCUGCAUUGA